CUUAGGUGUGGGAAUCAUGGACCCUUAUGAGUUUGAGAUAGAAGACUUUGCUGAAGGAGCGGGAACCCCUUCUAGAACACCCUACUGCUUUCUCCCGGGGUACAUGAAAACACUGGGUGAUGGUGGACUACACACCUGGGUGUUCUCCUCUCCCCAGGUCCAUGCCCAGCCCCGAUCCGGGCUCUGGCCCUGUCUCUGGCUGCCAUCUCUUCCUUUGGCCCCCCCUGACCCCUGGUCCAAGGAGGGAGAUGCUGGGCUGGGCUGGGGAGCGGGGGAGCCGGAGACGUUGGUGUCUUUCGCAAGUGUCUUCCUUCCUGUCCGCCUCUGGCCAGUCUGAACCUGACCCCCAUCCCUUCUGCCCUGACUCCACUCCCUGUCUUUCUCUAGGGUGUCUGGGGGUAUGUUUGGUUGCCUCAGGUAUAGAGCUUGCCUUAGCUGGUUGUUCAGAGACUGCUUCCAGUCUCUUCCCAGAGGACAAGAGCAGGACCUGGGAAGGGGCCUCUGGUGUAACCUUGGGGGCUCUGAUGGCCCAUGCUGUGCACUUUCAGCAACCCAAUAACAAAUGGACCGUCACUCUGGCCUUCUGACUUGGGUCGUGGGAGAGACUAGGAUUCUCUUUACUGUACCAGGAACUGAAUGGCCCACACUGGGUGGUACAGUACUUUUUUCUCUAGAAAACAAAUGGGCCAAGCUCCAGGUCCCCAGACCCUGACCUUGUAUCUCCAGGAAUGAGAUACCUCCAGCUCCCAGCUGGCUGUCAUCCUGGGACAGGACAGCCCUUUGGGAGCUCAGCGCUGCCCUCCCACCCCCCUUCAGAAGGCAGAGCUACAUCUGGUUGCCUGCGGAGACAGAUGGCACUGGAGGGCUCCCGACUUCUGCUGGACUCUCCGCCUCUGCCGUGAGUGAGCUGAUGGUCUAGUGGUUGGGCCAGGGCACUUUUCUUUGGAGCACCAUUCUCUCUGGAGCCAUGAAGGGUAGGGCUGAGGGACACAUGGAAACCGCCACCCACCAGCCAAGGAUCAGCUGAAUCCUGGAGCUGAUGCUUGCUCACAUUGCUGAGAAUGGUACCGAGGCUCAGUGUGGCACCAGGACGGAGGUUAAGCUGGGAUACUCCUGCACAGGGAUCCUGAUGUCUAUUCUGAGCCACACACUCAAAGCUGUGAUACAUCUGUGGACGUUCAGAAGAGAGAAUUAGUGGCUGGGGAGAGAUUUCCUUCUGAAGAUCACCGUGCGCUGGAUUUGUGCUUGUAGAAGCAUCACCAAAGAGGGCAAAUAGGACCUGCAAAGUAUGGAGCAGCAGGCCCCAGCCAACACCAUGGCUUCCGCCGAGCCCCUGACCGCGCUGUCCCGCUGGUACCUGUACGCCAUCCACGGCUACUUCUGCGAGGUGAUGUUCACGGCGGCCUGGGAGUUCGUGGUGAACUUUAACUGGAAGUUCCCGGGCGUCACGAGCGUGUGGGCCCUCUUCAUCUACGGCACCUCCAUCCUCAUCGUGGAGCGCAUGUACCUGCGCCUGCGGGGCCGCUGCCCGCUGCUGCUGCGCUGCCUCAUCUACACGCUCUGGACCUACCUGUGGGAGUUCACCACCGGCUUCAUCCUGCGCCAGUUCAACGCCUGCCCCUGGGAUUACUCCCAGUUCGACUUCGACUUCAUGGGCCUCAUCACCCUGGAGUACGCCGUGCCCUGGUUCUGCGGGGCCCUCAUCGUGGAGCAGUUCAUCAUCCGCAACACCCUUCGCCUCCGCUUUGACAAGGAUGCCGAGCCUGGUGGCCCUGUGGCCCUGGCCAAUGGACAUGUCAAGACCGACUGAGUAGGGGAUGUGUGGGGAGGGCUCGAGGGUCUCUCAUGGAACCCAUGGACAAAGAGAUCAAGCCGGCAGCUUGCCUCUUCUAUUUAGCACAAGCCCUGUCCCAGCAGGGCACACGCAGCCCCAUAUCCUCAUGGGGAAUGGUGUUGGGGGCCCAAGAGUCGAGGCAACAGAAGGACACUGGGAAAGGUCCCUGGGUCUCCACCAGCCCAGGGGCUGGUGGCUGGAGCCGUGUGGCUGGGUAAUGACUGGUCUGCAUGAUGACUUAGAAAGCAACAGGGCCUGUUCUGACUAGGGAACAUUGUACAUGGGGCCGAAGGUGAGAGGCAAGGUCUGCCGAGGCUUUGGGCUGCCACUGCAGCCCCCUCGCUCCCUCUCACUCAGACUUAGCUGGGCUUUGGCUGGUUCCAUUAGGCAAUAUUCAGGUGCUUGCUUGCAACCAAUACCUCCCCGAGGGCCUGCUGAGCGGCAGCCUGAGAGAGACGCUGCAGCCACCGAGCUGCUUGGCAGCAGGGCUGGUCUGCAGGCGCUGGGAACCUUCCCCUGGCUCCUCUCCCCUCCCCAGGGCCCCACGCUGCUCCCUGGGCCUUCUGGGGGCCCCCGUGGUGCUGGAAUUCCCACCAACCUUGGGCUUUUGGAGGUUUCAGUCCCUGCGUGUUCGGUGGUGUUUCCCCCUUUCUCUUGUUUUCAAGGCCUUUACCACUAGUAGCCCUUUUAUCCGUGUCGGUCACCACACCUGCCUCCAUCCCCAGCUCCCUAGCCAACACGGCAGCAGCCAGGGGUCAAACCCUGAGAGACCCUGCCUGUCUUCUCACCGCCUCCACUCCUCCCCUUGGCCCGAUGACCAGGAGGUCCUGAGUUCUGCCUCCCCAGCUCUGGUCUGGUGGGCAGCUUGGCAGUGUCACCUCCCUGCAAGGACCCUGCUCAAAGCAAAUAGUAACCCCAGAGCACAGUUGGCCCAAGGGGCAAAUCAGUACAAGAGGGGAAGAGGCAGAGCUCUAGGUCCUAUUGGCUUGUACUGGUUUAUUUUCAAGCCAGGGGGAACAAAGUAGCUUUCUAGGGAAUGGAGGAGCAGGUAUCCAGUGUUGGAGAUCCAUGGGGGAUGAAAGGAAAAGAGGACCACAGAUGGUUCUUUGGAAAGCCAUCAUGGGAACAAGGGAUCUGUUCCAGUUCUACCAUGGCCCCAGCUCUGCAGCUAAACCUCAGGAUUGCCCCUUCUCCUCCCCUCCUGGCAAGGCUGCCCCUUUGAGCUUGCUCCUCAAAUAGUGUUACCCCCGCCACACUCAUGGUCAUCACCUUAGUGAUCUCCCUUUUCCCCAUGACAGAUCCAUUGCUGGCAGUGGACAGGUGACAUCCUCACUCCAGCCCCUUCUGGUCUCUCCCCAACCCUCCACAGGGAGGGACCCAUCAAAAAGUGGACCACCCCGUGGGACAUGGUCUCAACCUGACCACACUAGGACUGGGGUAGAAAUUAGCCUUUCUUAUUUAAAAGUGACAGUACCACCUGUGACACGAUCUCCUCUUCCUUGUUGGCUGCUAUGCCAACAAGGAUGGGCAGCACCAGCUAGGGUAGGUAACAGGUGUGACUUGAGACAAGAGAAAGGCUUAGACAUCCAGCCUCUGGUGGCGUUUUCCUGCCAUUCACCUUGUCAGGGAGGGAGGCGUGGUUUCCCCAGCCACCAAGCAGGCUUUUCCAAUGGCAGGCUCUCGUCUGUGGUGGCUCACCCUACCCACCUUAGGUUUUGUUAAAGCCUCAGUCAUAGGGAUUGAAGGACACAGAGCAUCAGGGGGUGGGUUGCUUUCUGUCUCUAGGUAGGAGAAUUCCCACUUCCUACUGGGCAAUCAGUUCCUUGGUACCUUCCCCCAGCUCCAUGUUGCCCUGACAACCCUCCAGGUCACCACCUUCCCAUACCCCUUCUGCAGUGGAACCCAGUCGCCAGCUUGCUGAGGUCGGCCAGAAUAAGACCUCCUUAACUCAGGCACGGCGUGGCCUUCGAUGGCUUUCCUGGUUCCGCCACUCGCCACUCCCGGUGUUGCCUUUGUGGGCAUUCCCAGGCAUCGUUUCUUUACUGGGCCCAAGUGCAAGAGUUCCUGGCGUGAAUGUGCAUGUCUGGCAACUUUCUGCAUUGUGGUCUUGCUUCAUCUAGGUGCCCUGUGGGCCCUAUGACCCUUCAUAGGGCACAGAGCCCCCAGUUUUGGGAGGCUACAGCCCAUGACCUGACCACAGGAUCUACAGGUUGAGAUCUUACAAGAAGCAGCCCUGACUUCAAACUCUUGUUUUUUGUGGUAUCUUUAGAUCCCUGAUUCCUUAGUGCCCAGGACUGAGGUCUGGAGUAACCCCAGCCCUGCCAAGCCUUGGGGCUGCUGGCAGGGAGUAUGCUGGCUGCUGCUGAGCCCCUGGCACCCUGCACCACUGUGCUGGCCAUGGCAGCUCUCUGAGCUGCAGAGUGCAAGUGCGUUGCCCUGCAUGGUUCAGCUGCUUUGGACGUCUACUAGGCUUCCUGUGCCCUGUCCCCUUCUCAAUGCCAGUGAGUCACGAUGGCCCUUGCUUUUUCUUAGCAAUAAUACCUGGGGUGUGCCCACGAAGUCCUUGUGUCCUGGUCCCUACUCUGCGUGGUCUCUUGGGGAGGCCACUGCUGAGUGGGACAACUCAUGUGAGGACCUGCAUUUAUGAAACUCUGGGCUGUGCAGACACUCGCCAGGGCAGACAGGUAAAUGAGACGUCAGCCCUUGAGCUGUGACUAAGGCAGGGAGAGAGCCGUCCACCCUGAGGCUGCCCGGACCUGGAGGAGCUGCGAGCCCAGCUUUGAAAUGAGUGGGACUGUCUUCCAACCUGGCGGCUCUUAAAAGACAUAACUGUUUGUGUGUGCAUUGCCUGCUGUGUCUCCAUUGGUCUCUGUCUCUUCCUUUUCAUAUGUGUGCACAUAAAAUAUACUGGUGUUUGUGUUCCA